AUGCCGCCUUGGCCAGUUAUCCGUCGUGGUUCAACCGUUGAAAAGGAGCGCCUUCGCCUGGUACAUGACACGCAGAGCGCCCAUCGGAAGCACAAUCCACAGGUGGCCGCAAGCAACAUCGAGAUGAUGCUCUUACGCAAUGCCUUCAACUUUGUACAGGAGGACAUACCAGAAGAUAUUGCUGAGCGGAAUGGGAACUAUGACAAUUUUGAAACAGAGGCUGCAACCUUGCGUCCGCCUCCUGUCAAUCAAUUAGCCAUGGAUGAAAGACUUGCUAAGUUUUGGAAAUCUCGUCCACUAACAGCGUACGCUAUUGAUGCCUGGAUGCGAAAAGUGGGAAUAAAGGUUUCCUUCCCUCGCCAACGUGAGGGAGAGAAAGACGAUGAUAAUUUUGACCAUGGCCGUAACGAAUUUGAUGAGUUUAUAUUGUCUAAGAAGUACAAAGCUCCUGGAAAUGCAGACGGCGGCAACACAAACAGUAGCCCAGAUACCAGCAACCCAGAAAUAGUCAUCUCAGGAGGCAGACCCGACGAACUCCAGAAAGUGCUGACGAGCUCCCCAUCAAGGUCGAGAAAACGGCGGAGGACAAUAGCGGAUGAAGCGGAGUCGGAAGUGGAGCCUAUCAUACUGUGGGAAAGCGAACCUCAGCACAGAUCCCAGCGCGGCUCCGAAGAUGAAUCAGAUUCCGAAGGCGAAUCAAAGCUAUAA